GUACCACACGUACUCAAGUUUUAUUCUUGUUAUAUUCUAUAUUAAACUUAUCCAUUUAUAAGAAAAUCUUAACCUUGAGAACCAGCUUUCCACUCCAAAGGUCAAUGAACUUUCAAGAAAAAUGGUGUUUUCAGUCGCAUCCCGCGGCCAUGGUCGUCGUUCUCAUCAUUUUCGUCACAAUCAGACAAAACAAAACGAACGACAGAAAUCCAUCCGUCGUCCAUCGGAUGACCGCUUUUUGUUCACCACCACUUUGACAGCGGUCCAUCAAACCGUCUACAGUUCUUCAAAAAUUCCUUUGUUCUUGCGCCGACCGUCCCCGCGUUUUCGAUCCUUUUGCGAACGCCCAAACAUUCCCACCGCUUAUAAUUCGCCCAUUUAUAUUUUGGAUUCGAAUUUUGGAAAUAUUUACAGCCCGAGAGACGCAUGGACGGUUUUUUCGAUCCGACCCAUCAUCGUGGUCGGCGCGCCAGGGGAAGGGAGACGAACCUAUUAUAUAAGAACCUGCUUUUAUCGCAGACUGCAACAAUAUUUCAAACGUGCAAGGUGUUCGUGUGACCAGAUUUGUGCUUUAUUGUUUUACUUUGUUUCCAACUGUUUACAGGUAAAUAUUUUUUUAAAAUGGACCACAAAAUUAAUUUAUUGCAAGUUGUUGUCUUCAAAAACUUUUCAAAUCCUCGUAUUAUUUUAAAUACAGAAUCAACUUCUAUUGACACAAAAUUGGAUAUUACUACAGACAUCGACAUAAAUAACGAACUAAAUAAAUUUAUAAACGAAUUUGACAACAGUGAGGACGUGAUAACAGACGAUUUUUUAACACAUACACAAAUAAUCGUUGACAAUACCGUUAACAAAAAUGAUUCUGUUAUAAAAUGUGAUGAAUUAUUAACAUGGCCUUCUCAGGAAAAAAUUUUAGAUGAUAGUGUAGCUACUUCGUUAGCUAAUUCAAAAGAUAAUUUAAAAAAUAAUUUAAUAACCCUGCUUGUUAAUGAUUCUGAUGACGAAGAAUUGAUUUGUUGUUCACAAAAAAGUAAUCCUGAAUAUAAUAGAAAUAUUUCCCCUAUUUCAUCAGCAUUUUCCCCUUUGUCACCGUUUAUCGAAAAUUUUAGUCCCGAAGAAAAUGAACCAUCACAAAUUCAAAUUUCGUAUCCAAAACCAUCUUUUAUAAUAACUAAAAAAACUAAAACGUUAAGAAAAUAUCUAAAACCAUAUUCAAAAUUAAAAACUUUAGGUUACGCGCUUCAAAAUGUUAUUGAAAAUAUUACUAUUAAUGAAGAAAAUGCUGCAGGAAUAGAACGUUUAAAACAAUGUUACGAUACGUUAGUGGAUUCAUUUGAUUAAAUAUUUACAUUUUUUUUUUUUUUCAUUUCUUAAUUUAAUUAAAUUGAAAAAAUAUAUUUAUACCUUCUUCUUUCCAAAUUUUAUUCAUAACAUUUUAAAUAUUCAAAUAUACAACAUAAUCUUAUAUUACAGAAUUUGAAAGAUGUUCACAUGUUCAUCUUGUCAAAAAGCGUUCAGUCGUAAAGACAAUUUAACUCGUCACUUAAAGAAUGCAUGCAAAAAGUCUUCUUUUCUAAACCGUUUUUUGGGUAGGUCAGCAGCUGAAGAAAAAAGUAAGACAUUCCCAUUGUAUAAUUUUAUAAACUAACAAAAUAAUUUCAUUUAUAGAAAAAUAUUGUUCAGAAUGUAAAGAACAUAUUUUACAAAAUUUGUGGAUUGGUCAUCUGCGUUCAAACAGUCACAAAAACAACUGUAAAACGUUGGAGGAAAAAGGAAUUCAUAUAAUAAAAUCAGCUUUCAAGGAAAGGAUAAUAUCAUACAGAUUAUCUACCGAAGAAAAUAUUUUAAAUGUUAAAAACUAUUUUAAAAUAUUGGAACAAAAGAUUCUACGGGUGUUUGACAAUCAACUGAAAAAACAUACUUGUAUUAAAAUCAAUAUAGAACUUUUUGGAUAUUACUAUAAUCCAAGUACUGAUAAUCAUGAUGUCAAAUCGUUCAACACUCCAUUUAAAGUAAUUUGUAACAGCAGUGCAACAAAGGAUUUGAUAGAAGAAUUUGCAACAAUUAUUGACAACAAGGCUGAUGAAUUCGCAGAAAGGGACUCUGGAUGGAUCUUACUAAAUCUUCUUUUUAUGGAAAUUAACAUCAACAAAUUCAAUCCUUUGAGAGCGUCAUCGUUUAUUCAACUUCCUCCUGAAAUAGUACGACGUCAAGCUGUCGUCAACAUAAGAAAUAACGAUGACUACUGCUUCGCAUGGUCCGUAGUUGCAGCCCUUCAUCCUCCAACAGGUGUUGAUUUUCAAACAUCAUCAUACCCACACUAUUCAUCAGUUUUGAACACUACAGGUAUUGAUUUUCCAAUAUCAUUAAAAGACAUUAAAAAUUUUGAAAAUCAAAACAAUAUUUCUAUCAAUGUGUACGGUUUAGAAAAAUAUUAUAAUAAAAUUUCUAAUAAUGAAGAAUAUGAAAUAAUUGGUCCUCUACAUUUUUCUAGUGAUAGAAAAAAUAUUCAUGUUAAUUUGUUACUAAUAAAUGAUGAUGAUGGAAAUUUUCAUUAUUGCUACAUUUCCGAUCUUUCUAAAUUAAUUUCUAAACAACUUAGUAAACACAAUGGAAGAAAAUAUUUGUGUGAAGGAUGUCUUCAAUACUUUGAUACAGAACAAAAAUUACAGUAUCAUAAUAGUUAUGAUUGUGAUCAUGUUAGAAUUAAUUUACCUUCUAAAGAAUUAUUUAAAGACAAAUAUGGAAAUGUAGCAUAUGAAAACACAUUAAAAUAUAUAAAUUAUCAAAAGCAAAUGAAAGUUCCUUUUAUAGUAUAUGCAGAUUUUGAAUGUAUUUUAAAACCUUUGAAUGAGAAUUAUGAUGUAGAAAAUCCAAAUAAUUCAUAUACAUUAAAAAAAUUUGAACAUAUUCCAUACUCUUUUGCGUAUUACAUCAAAUGUUCAUUUGAUGAUGAAUAUUCUAAGUUUGAAAAAUAUAGAGGUUUGAAUAGCGAACAAGUUUUUAUAAAUUAUCUAGAACGAGAUGUAUUAAAUUUAUAUCACACUUUUCUAAAAAAUCCUAAAAAGAUGAAUACUUUAUCCGAAUUAGAACAAACUACACAUAAUAAUUCCACAAACUGUCAUAUUUGUGAAAAACCGCUUUUAGGGGAUAAAGUUGCCGAUCAUUGUCACAUUACAGGCAACUAUAGAGGGCCGGCUCACUCUUUAUGUAAUAUAAAUUUUAAAAUUCCUAAUUUUAUUCCAGUUAUAAUGCACAACUUACGUAAUUACGACAGCCACCUAUUUAUAAAGACUAUGUGUUCAAAUAAAGAACAACUAUCAGUAAUUGCCCAAAAUAAAGAGAAAUAUAUUUCUUUUGAAAAACACAUUCUCGUAGAUAAUUAUUUUGAUCAACAUACAAAAAAUUUAAAAAAAAGAAAUUUAUCAUUGAGAUUUAUCGACUCCUUUCAAUUCUUAUCAUUUUCUUUAUCUAAUUUAGCAGAUACUUUAAAAGAUGAGCAAUGUAAAGAAAUAAAAAAGAUUUUCGAAGAUGAGGAACAAUUUAAACUUAUUCGUCAAAAAGGUGUAUUUCCAUAUAGUUAUAUUGACAGUUUUGAAAAAUUAGAGGAAACUGCUUUACCUAAAAAAGAUCAGUUUUUUAAUAGUUUAACAGAUGAACAUAUUACUGAUGAGGAAUACCAAAGAGCUCUUAAAGUUUGGGAUCUUUUCGAAUGUGAAAGUAUAGGAAAUUAUUCAGACAUAUAUUUGCUAUCAGAUACUUUACUUUUAGCUGAUAUUUUCGAAAAUUUUCGAAAAACAUGUUUGUCAACAUAUAAACUAGAUCCUGCACACUUCUACACAUUUCCCGGCUUAUCAUGGGAAGCGUGUUUACGCUAUACAGGCAUCGAACUGGAAUUAUUAACAGAUCCGGAUAUGUUGCAUUUUUUCAAAAAUAGCGUUCGUGGUGGGGUAAGUUCAUGCAUAACACGGAAAUCAGAGGCAAACAAUCCUUUUCUAUCAAAUUUUGAUGCAACAAAACCUAAUAAAUAUAUAAUGUACUAUGAUGCAACAAAUUUAUACGGUUUUGCUAUGUCCCAAUAUCUGCCAACAGGUGAUUUUGUAUGGUUAACCGAAAAAGAAAUAAAAAAUCUAGAUAUUUUUUCAAUUUCUAGUACAUCUAGCAAAGGAUAUGUUCUAGAGGUUGAUCUGGAAUAUCCUGAAAGUCUCCACGACACUCAUAAUGAUUUUCCUUUUUGCCCUGAAAAUUAUAAACCACCUAAUUCAAAAUCUACAAAAUUAAUACCAAAUUUAAACAAUAAGUCAAAAUAUGUAAUUCAUUACCAAUUGUUAAAACAAUGUCUACAAAAUGGACUUAAGAUUUCUAAAAUUCAUAGAGUUAUACAAUUUUCGCAAUCUGCUUGGUUAAAAAAAUUUAUAGACUUAAAUACCACACUACGAAAUCAAUCGAAAAAUGAAUUUGAUCGCCACACAUACAAAUUAGCAAACAAUAGUAUAUACGGCAAAACAAUGGAAAAUGUGGAUAGGAGAGUCGAUGUAAGACUUGUUACCGAAUGGGAAAAAAAUAAAAGAACAGAUGGAGCUGAAAAUUUAAUAGCAAAGCCAUAUUUCAAGGACUUAACAAUUUUCUCAGAAAACUUAGUCGCUAUUCAAAUGAAAAAAAUACUAGUUACUUAUAAUAAACCAAUAUACGUUGGAUUUUGUAUUUUAGACAUAUCAAAAACUGUCAUGUACGAUUUUUUUUAUAAUUUUUUAAAACCUUUGUAUAAAGAUAAUGUGUCUCUUUUGUAUACUGAUACAGAUUCUUUUAUUCUGGAAGUGACAACAGAAAAUGUUUACCAUGAUAUGCAUAGAAAUAUUCAUAAAUUUGACACUUCCAAUUAUUUGCCAAAUAAUAUUCAUAAUAUGCCUAUAACACAAUCAGUGGUUGGUAAAUUUAAGGAUGAAUAUGCUGGUGAACCCAUUGUAGCUUUCUAUGGUACCGGAGCAAAAGCUUACUGUGUAAAAACCGAAAAGGGUUUAUUAAAGAAAGCUAAAGGUAUAAGAAAACAUGCUAUUAAAAAUCAGUUGCAUUUUAUCCACUAUAAAGAUGUAGUAGAAAAUAAUUCUAAAAUUUUUUGCUCCAUGUAUGUUUUUCGUUCUAGACUACAUUCAAUUUUUACUGAAUUAAUACAUAAAAUUGCUUUGAAUUCUGAAGAUAAUAAAAGAUAUCAAAUUCCACAUGAUUUUAAAACACUUGCUUGGGGUCAUCAUGAUAUUUCAUUUUACCAGUGGAAUGAUGAUCAUCCAGACCUCAGCAUAUUUUUUAAAUAAUAUUUAAUUUAAACAUUUAAACAUUUAAUAUGAUUCACUCUGAUUGUAUUUAGAUCCAUUUAAAAAAAACAUUUACCUGUAAACAGUUGGAAACAAAGUCAAACACAAAAGCACAAAUCUGGUCACACGAACACCUUACACGUUUGAAAUAUCGUUGCAGUCUAAUAUAUAUUUAUUAAUAUUAAUUUAUUAUUCCUUUAGAACUUAUCAUAAUGUAUACAUAUUAGUUAUAGAGUUAGAGGAACAAUUAUAUUUUAUGUAUUUUAGUUUUACAUGUUAAAUGGAAUUUAGAAUGUAGUAACUAAUUUAAUUAUUUUAUAUGUUAGAUUAAUUCUGAUUUUAGUUGUUGUAAUUUUAAUUAAUAAUAUACUUUUAUAUGGAUAAUGCAUUUUUAAUGAAAAAUAUACCUACUUAAAGAAUACGCCUUUGACAAUAUUUCAUUCCUUAUUAACAUUUCUUAAGAUGUGUUUGGAAAGUUUUGAUAAAGAUAUUGAUGAUGUUACUUAUAAAACCUAUGAAAAUCGACUUUCUACUUUUAAAAACUGGAAUGGAAAAUUGGAACCUGAGGUAU